AUGUGGCUUGAAGGAUGCCAUGACAUUUCAAAUGAGGCAUUCAAGAAAGUUGUGAAGAAGCAGCCAUUCUUAGAAGAGCUUGACAUUUGUCAUUGUUCGGACCUAAGAACUGACUUUUUUCAAUAUAUUGGCAAAUGUUGUCCACUUUUGAAAUCAAUGCAAUUUAGCCCUUGUAUUGAGGCAGCAGGCGACAAUAAGUGCAAUGAUGUGGCAUUUGUUAUUGCAAAAUCAAUGUAUAAGCUGCGCCACCUUACAAUUUUGAAUAACCAACUCACCAAUAAUGGAUUACUAGCUGUUCUAGAUGGAUGCCCUCUUCUUGAAUCUCUUGAUAUUUGA